UUAUGGUGACUGUUUCCUGUGCGCUCCUGCAGAUGGCGUAUCACAGUCUGCAGCUGUUGGCAUUCAGUGUGCUGGCCGUCCUCAUCAUGCGGCUGAAGCUCUUCCUCACGCCGCACAUGUGCAUCAUGGCCUCGCUGAUCUGCUCCAGACAGUUAAUGGGCUGGAUCAAGGACAGGGCCAAACAUCGGGCCGCCGUGUUCCUCGUGUUGGCCCUCAUGGCGGUGAAGGGGGUGGCCAACCUGAAGGCCCAGUGGAGCAUCAUUGGGGAGUUUAGCAACAUGCCUCAGGAGGAGCUGCUGGACUGGAUACAGGACAACACUCUCCCCGAUGCUGUGUUUGCGGGUGCAAUGCCCACAAUGGCCAGCGUGAAACUGUCCACGGGUCGACCCAUCGUUAACCAUCCCCACUACGAAGAUGCUGGUCUGAGGGAGAGAACCAAGCUGGUGUACUCCAUGUAUAGCCGCAUGUCUGCAGAGACUGUCAAGAGCAACUUGAACAAGCUGGGAGUCGACUUUUUUGUUCUGGAAGAUUCUUGGUGUACCAGGAGAACCGGGCCCGGCUGCAGCAUGCCAGAGAUCUGGGACGUGGAGGACCCGCAGAAUGUGGGUAAAAUUCCUCUGUGCACGCACAUGUCCAGGAACUCACGACCACACUUCAACACCGUCUUCGCCAAUCACAUCUACAAAGUCCUCAAAGUGGCCAAAGAUGCCAGAUAACGGCACUCAACGUCUUUUGCUUUUGAACUUCCCCGUUUACCAAUGGAAGCCUUAUUUUUUAUUUUAUUAUCAUUUUUUUUGUAGUAGUAGCCUUUUUUUGGGGGGGAGGGUACAAAAUUCCCAGUAAAAAAUGUGAUAGAUUAUGUGUCGUUUAUCCACCUGAUACUUUUAUGCAGGCCUGGAAAGUAG